GCACUGCAUUGUGAUAUCGCUUCUAUAAUGGCCUACCACUUCUAUCGAAAGCUUUUUGUGGCUUGGGGGGUCAUGAUGGGCAGCAAGAUGGCAUCUGCCAGCAGGGUCAUCCAGAUAGUCAAGCCACACAUUCCAUUAAUAAGGUUUCCUGACAGAAGAGACAAUCCUAAACCCAGUGUAGCAAAAGCUUUGAGAUCAGCAGGGCCACCAUCUCACUCUUCUGCAAUUUCCCGGCAUUCUGGGAAAGUAAAUCUUCAGGGAAGUAAAUCACCAGAUUUGCUGAUGUAUCAGGGUCCACCAGACACUGCAGAAAUAAUAAAAACAUUACCUCGGAAAUACAGAAGGAAACUUUUGUCUCAAGAAGAAAUUGAGUUUAUCCAAUGUGGAGAUCCAGAAUAA